GUGGCGGCGCAUGUGUGCGGGGCUCGGGCUGCCGGGGUCUCCUCAGGGAGGCCGGCGUCUGCGAGCCGGCGGCGGGGGAGGCGAAGGGCCGCCGGGGCCAGUCCGGCUGCGCUCCGCCACCGCGCCGGGCAUCAUGGCAUCGCUGGCCGACAAGGUGCGGGACCACGGGCGCAUCGCCGUCGGGCUCCUGUUCAACUUGCUGGUGUCCAUCUGCAUCGUGUUUCUGAACAAAUGGAUCUAUGUGCACCACGGCUUCCCCAACAUGAGCUUGACGCUGGUGCACUUCGUGGUCACCUGGCUGGGCUUGUAUGUCUGCCAGAAGCUGGACAUCUUCGCCCCCAAGAGUCUGCCGCCCUCCAAGCUGCUGCUCCUGGCCCUCAGCUUCUGCGGCUUCGUGGUCUUCACCAACCUCUCGCUGCAGACCAACACCAUAGGCACCUACCAGCUGGCCAAGGCCAUGACCACGCCGGUGAUCAUAGCCAUCCAGACCUUCUGGUACGGGAAGAGCUUCUCCACGCGAAUACAGCUCACGCUGAUUCCUAUAACUCUAGGCGUAAUCCUAAAUUCUUAUUACGAUGUGAAGUUUAAUUUCCUUGGAAUGGUGUUUGCUGCUCUCGGUGUUUUAGUAACAUCUCUUUAUCAAGUGUGGGUCGGAGCCAAGCAGCAUGAAUUGCAAGUCAACUCCAUGCAGCUGCUGUACUACCAGGCCCCCAUGUCCUCUGCCAUGCUGCUGGUGGCCGUGCCCUUCUUUGAGCCAGUGCUGGGAGAAGGGGGGAUGUUUGGCCCAUGGUCAGUUUCUGCUUUGCUUAUGGUGCUGCUGUCUGGAGUGAUCGCUUUCAUGGUGAACUUGUCAAUUUAUUGGAUCAUUGGGAACACAUCACCAGUCACCUAUAACAUGUUUGGACACUUCAAGUUCUGCAUUACUUUAUUCGGAGGAUGCGUUCUGUUUAAGGAUCCAUUGUCCAUUAACCAGGGUCUGGGCAUUUUAUGUACGUUAUGUGGCAUUCUUGCCUACACUCACUUCAAACUCAGUGAACAGGAAGGAAGUAAGAAUAAACUGGCUCAACGUCCUUGAGUGUUGGGGGACAAUGAAAGCUUCCCCAAGAGGAUUCAAGAUGUUCAGUGUGCAAGUU